GUGUGUGUGGAUGGUGGGUGUAUAUAUGUGACCAUGCUUGGGAUCCUUUUGUUGUACCUGUGCACAAUGUCAGCAUGAUGGGUGCGUACAUUUACAGUUUCUGCAUACAGUAGCUUGGUGUGUGUGUGUGUGUGUGAAAGAGUGUGGAACCAAACACAGACACUGAUCCCAUAGCUGUCAAGUGAGGGUAGUUGGUGUCCAUUGCUUCUGGGUAGAGCAAUUGCUGUUGUCAUGGUGAUUUAAUUCUGCUGGUGUUGCUAUGGGAAUGGUCUUUGACCUUUGGGAAUUCCUUCUGACUGGGGUUAGGGUCUACUGGGGACUACCGGGGCUACCAGGGGCUACUAUAAAUUAUUUUGUUUUCUUUCUUGAUCUGUAUCCUGUUGGCUUAUCCCCAUGACCAGGCUCCUUCGGUUCACCUGUUGUUGUCUUUCUGUCCAAACUGUCAAAAGUUUUUUGUUUCAGUGUCAUUAAAGAAGAACAUGGCUCAAUGUAUGCUGAUCAUUGUAUAAAAUUACCCCCCUCCUCCUCCCAUCCUUCUCUCCACCCCAUCCAUAGACCCCUUUGCCACUGGUGAUGCUAGCUCAAACUCAGGCUCCCCGUCCGGGAUGGACUUGUUUGCUAUGAUGCCUACGGAGAACAAUGUUGGAGGAGCCCUGGAGAGGAACCCUAACCCUAAGCCCUGCUUCACCUCAGCAGCCGGCCCUCCUGUUCCACCUCCACCUCUCAUUAACUCCACCCCUAGCAUCCGCACCCCCACCCCAUCGAUAAACCUCUUCAGUGAUUUAUUUGAUUCCAUACCAGAACCAAGUUUCUCCAAAGUUGAUCCCACUCCCAGUGUUGAUUUGUUUGCAGCAGCAGAUGGCUUCUCCACCCCCCUCCUGUCAUCCACCCCCCUCCUCUCAUCCGCCCCCCUCCUGUCAUCCGCUCAUCCACCCAAACCGGAUUCUUCAAACAUCAUGAACCUGUUUGGGGGUCCCUUGCCCCACCCCUCGCUCUUCCCCGAGGAGGGGGUGGGAGGGUUCUCAUUAGAUGGGGUCGUUUUUGGGCUUCCCAGUGUGGAGCUGAAGGCUGACUCUUAACCCUUCUCUGCCCUCAUGCUGCACUUGGAACGGCCUCUUUUGGCCUGGCUUGGCCCACGUUGGCCUUGUAUGGUUUGGUUUGGUUUCAUCUGGUAGAGUCCACCGGAGGUGAGCCCCAGCCAGCAGCUCCUGGAGCAGAGCUAA